UGUUGAUGUUUGCCCCCCCGCUGAGGCUGUCCCUAUAGACACUGAGGGGAAGCCAGCGUCACGCUGAGGUCCGUGGAGCGCGUCUCGCUAGAGUGGAUCAUUCUCAUUCAUUCUGUGCCUAACCACCUGCUUCCACUGCAGACACACGCUCACAGCGAGGACGCGUCUCUCACCCACAGCAGCUGGAAGGAUGUCUGGCAUCACUGGGAAUUUGGACUCCGAGGAUUAUUUAUCUUCCGCACAUCUGGCCAACAGCACGGACAUUCAUCUGGACUCCGCCGUGGAUGAGGACGAUGAACUUCUGAGAUACAUCUGGAGAGAGUACUUGCACCCCAAGCAGUACGAAUGGGUUCUCAUUGUGGCUUACAUUAUUGUGUUCUUCGUUUCACUCAUUGGAAACUCGCUUGUUUGUUUUGCAGUGUGGAAAAACCGUCACAUGCGCACCGUGACCAACUAUUUCAUAGUGAAUCUGUCUUUUGCCGACGUCUUGGUCACCAUCAUCUGCCUGCCUGCGAGUCUUGUGGUGGACAUCACAGAGACAUGGUUCUUUGGAAAAACUCUUUGCAAAGUUGUACCUUAUCUGCAGACAAUCUCAGUCUCGGUGUCAGUCCUGACACUGAGUUGCAUAGCCCAAGAUCGUUGGUAUGCUAUCUGCCAUCCACUGAUGUUCAAGAGCACGGCCAAGAGGGCUCGCAGGAGUAUUGUUAUCAUCUGGAUUGUCUCAUGCAUCAUCAUGAUUCCGCAGGCUAUUGUGAUGGAGUGCAGCAGUUUGUUGCCUGAACUUACAAACAAGACCAGCCUGUUCACAGUGUGUGAUGAACACUGGGGAGCUGAGAUCUACCCAAAGGUGUAUCACACCUGUUUCUUCAUCGUCACCUACUUUGCACCAUUAUGUCUCAUGGUCCUGGCUUACAUCCAGAUAUGUCACAAGCUGUGGUGUCACCAGAUUCCUGGAAGCACAUCAGUGAUGCAGAGGAAGUGGAGAUCCAUCCAGUGCUCAGCUCCAGUCUCAGGCCCAGGGGAGCCGGUCAGGGUGAGGACCAGCACAGUUUGUGCCGAGAUCAAACAGGUUCGAGCGAGGCGCAAAACAGCUCGGAUGCUGAUGGUGGUGCUGUUUGUUUUCGCCCUGUGCUACCUGCCCAUCAGUGUGUUGAAUGUCAUGAAAAGAGUCUUUGGGACUUUCAAGAACACCGACAGAGAAACAGUGUACACAUGGUUCAUUUUCUCACAUUGGCUCAUAUAUGCCAACAGUGCGGCAAAUCCCAUCAUCUACAAUUUUCUCAGCGGGAAAUUUCGUGGGGAGUUCAAAGCAGCGUUUUCCUGCUGCUGUCACAGCCGAGGCCAAAAUGAAACAAAGAGGAUAAGGACGAGAACGAGCACAGAUAGCCGAAAGUCUCUGUCUACACAAGUGAACAACAUGGACAGUGUGUCAGGCAUUUCAGAUCAAAUAGUAUAGUCUUAUAAUUCACACGGGGGGAUUGUUCUACAUCGAGGUUCAAAUGGCACUUUUCUCACACACUCACACAUCGACAUUUAAACAUCUGUUUUGUUUCACACAAACCUCUGAAUGGGAAUGGGACAAGGACAUGAAUCAUGAUCAAGAACAAGCAUUAUUUAUAUUGCUAGUUGCUAUUUAAUAUUUAUUUCACAGCUAGGUGACGUGAUUAUAAUCGCAUAGGAUUUAUGUAUAACUUCUUAUUUGGUGCAUAAUCGGGGGUGGAGUGGCUCAGUGGUUAAGACCCUACCUUGUGUACCAAAGCCAUCAUGGUCGCAAGUUCGAUUCCACCCCACCCUAAUUGUACUUGAUUCCAUUGUAAGUGGCUUUGGAUAAAAGCGUCUGCUAAAUGACAUGUAAUGUAAUAAUCUCUAUUACACUUUAUGGGUUUAUUGGCUUGAGGAGCAGGUGCUAUAGAAAAUAGGUCUUAUAUUGGCUCAAUUUUGUAAUUUGUCUUCAUAAUAAGCAGAUGCCCAUCUUCAUAUUUGAGUGUAUACUGUAUGCCAUGCAUGUUUAAUCCGUGCCCACAGAGGAAUGGACUCAGAAUUGUACAAUGUUUUGGUUGCAGCUGUACACGCUGUGCAUACUGUUCACCUGGCAAUAAGUCUUCAACAUCGUAAACUAUGAAAUGUUUCACUGUUUUCUAAAAUGGCUGGGUUUUCCAAGCAACAACACCCAAUUAAUUAGAGUCAAAAUGCACUCAGAAAUCUAUCCGUCAGACACUAAAAAUGUGCAGAUAAAAAAAACACUCCUGAAAUGUACAUCAGAGAUUCGUUCAGCUAUAGAAAUCUGCAGCGUACACAUUUGUUUACAUGUGGCCUGUAAUUAAGAGUUAACAUGUAGAUGUUUUUUACAGCUACUAAGUGAUGAAUGUGAAUGAAAUGCAUUUUAAUGAAAUGCAUCGCUUUGAAAUAGUGUCUCUGGGUUAGAAAUCUGUGAAUGUAAAUGAAUAUUAUCUCUGCAAAGAGUGCCAGUUUCACACUUGUUUGUUUAUGAACACUCACGCCAGUACAGUGACAUUGUCUGAGGACUUUUCCGUGGCGAAGCCAGCACUUGUUCUUUCACUUCAAAACUCAGAUUCUUUCUGCCGAUCCACAGACUGAAUCAUCGAUUUUCGAGUCUCAAGCCUGUUUCUUUCUUUUCUCUUUUUCUUUUUAUGUACAAAGUAUUGCUUUAGGGAGGGUAUUAUGCUGAAAGGUUCCCCAUUGAGCAGCCUGUGAAAGUUUAAAAGUACAAAGCUAUUGAGACCAGAGACAGUAAAUUAAGAUGGAGUACAUGUUUUGACUCCCUCCCACUGCAGAAAAUGAAGCCAACAUUUUGCAGUUAUUGUUUAUUAGAGGCCAAAGAGUGCAGUGGAGUGUGCGUGGAGCUGCAGUGUCUCAUUGAAAAACACGAUCAAUUUUGUCUCAAUCUCAGCUGUCAAUCACAAAAGACAGUAUCAACUGCAACAAAUUAAAAUCAAAAUUUGCCAAUUUGGCCAGUUGCUAACAUUGAGGAGGUGGGGUUUAUGGCUUGUACUGCAGCCAGCCACCAGGGGGCGAUAAACACUCUUUGGCUUCACUUGUAGGGAGCUUUCAUGUUGCCCAACUUUGUUUACAGUUAAAAUGUAUAGAUUUGAAAAUGCAUUCUCAAAAUCAAAGGUUCAGAUUAUUACAGUGUUAGCACAUAAAUCAGGUAAAAGCAGCACAUCAAAUACUGUAAAACAAUUAAAUGUUAAAAUUACAACUUGUAAAAGCAAGUAGUCUUCAAAAACAACCAGCAGCAUAGCAAAGUGAGAGUAGUAUAAAGAAAAUGUAGUAAGUAAAAAAACAAUGACACACUUUUUCAGCUAAACUUAAUAUUGUCGUUGGCCAAAUGUUUACAUGUUAAGUCAGAAAUGUUUUAUUCCCAACGUUUGUGGAUGAGAGUAUUUUUUAUUCGUGUAAAUAAAUGAUAUUAUAACUGUAUAAUAUAAACAUCAGGGUACAGCUGGGCUCAAGUGCUUGACAAUUUCACUCAUUUGAGUCUUGACUUGAAUGUUAGUUCUUUGCAUAUCAUUUUUACCAACAUACUGUUAUGUUGUAGUCCAAAAAUAAAAACCUAUAUUGAGAAAACAGAACAUUACUUUGCACUUGCUCGUAAAAGAAAAGUGACGCAAUGCAUAGGCCGAAGCUCGCCGUCCUCAAUAGUGUUUUUACGAAAACAAUUUUUCUCUACCUGUUAAGUCUUUGUGAAGUUAUUGCUUUAAAUGUGAAGUGGUGUCUUGUCAAACGCAUUUUGUGUAUUGUAAACAUGCACUUUAUGGUGUAUUUUCACCUUUGGUUCAUUUGAGUGAGUUUUUACACUGAUAAUGAUAAUCUGCUGCUUCAUUGUGCUUGAUUAAUAAAAAGAAUGAACAUGA